GUCAAGUAAGAUUCAAACGUAAGGAUGGUAUCUGCCAACAGCAAUCAACUGCGCUACGAUGACCGUGUUGUCGUCGUAACCGGUGCCGGAGCUGGAUUGGGUCGUGAAUAUGCGUUGCUGUUUGCGUCUCGUGGCGCCAAGGUUGUUGUGAACGACUUGGGCGGUAAUUUCCACGGGCAAGGCAAAUCGAAUGCGGCUGAUAAAGUAGUGGAGGAAAUCCGCUCAGCGGGCGGAACUGCUGUGGCAGAUUAUAAUUCCGUUGUCGAUGGAGAUAAGAUCAUUCAAACGGCGAUGGAAGCAUUCGGACGAAUCGAUGUGCUGAUCAACAAUGCCGGAAUCCUGCGGGACAGAAGUAUGGCUCGCAUUUCCGAUGAUGACUGGAAUCUGAUUCAUAAUGUUCAUCUGAAGGGCAGUUUUUUAACUACUCGUGCUGCAUGGCCCAUUAUGAAGAAGCAGAAUUACGGUCGAAUCAUUAUGACGUCAAGCAAUUCGGGGGUGUAUGGCAAUUUUGGACAGGCUAACUACAGUGCCGCUAAGCUAGGAUUGGUGGGACUAGCAAACACGGUCGCCAUUGAAGGACAGAAGAACAACAUUCAAUGUAACGUUAUUGUUCCAACGGCAGCUUCCAGGAUGACCGAAGGCAUUUUGCCAGAGAUCUUGUUCAAUGAACUGAAACCAAAACUAAUUGCACCGGUGGUUGCAUACCUAUGUCAUGAAUCCUGCGAGGAUAACGGUGCUAUAAUCGAAAGCGCUGCCGGUUGGGCCACAAAAGUGCACUUUGUACGGGGAAAAGGUACCGUUUUGCGUACAUCAAUCGACGAGGACGUUACCCCAGAGUAUGUCCGCAGCGUAUGGGACAAGGUAACCGAUAUGUCCGAAGCGACGCACUUGAACGCAAUUGGAGAAGCCAGCCUUUCGUUGGUCGAUGUGCUGGAAAAGUUGCGCGAAGGAAAGUCGGCCGGAAAUUCGCUAACCGAUACCUUCAAAUUCAAUUACAAAGACGUCAUCCUAUAUGCAUUGGGCGUCGGAGCAACCGUUACCGAUGAAAACGAUCUGCGAUUCCUGUACGAGAAUCACUCGGACUUUUCCGUACUUCCAACAUUCUUCAUUUUACCGGGUCUACUUUCUGUGAUGGGCUCAAAUCUAACAGCCUCUGCUAUUCCGCACGCCAGUUUUGAUUUGACAAACAUUCUUCAUGGAGAACAGUACAUCGAAUUAUUCGAUUCAGUUCCAACGGAAGGAGUUUUAACAACAACGACCUCCGUGCUCGAUGUACUAGAUAAGAAAUCCGGAGCCUUGGUCGUCACUCAAUCCGAAUCGUUUGACGCAAACGGCGCGCUUGUUGCUCGUGGGCAGAGCAGCACCUUCGUGGUCGGUGUGGGAAAUUUCAAUGGCAAAUCUAAGGCGAGUCCGGAGGUAAAAUCUCUGGUCCCGAAUCCGAAACGAUCGCCCGACGCAUCGGUACAGAUCAAAACUAGCCGGGACCAGGCUGCUUUGUACCGACUGUCCGGUGAUCUCAACCCAAUGCAUAUCGAUCCUAGCUUCUCCGCCAUUGCUGGGUACAAAGUUCCAAUUUUACAUGGACUCUGCACGAUGGGAAUUUCCGUAAAGGCUGUUCUCAAACAGUACGGUGGCGAUGAUUCGAGUCUGUUUAAGGCAGCGAAGGUUCGUUUCUCGAAACCAGUAUUGCCGGGCCAGACGCUGCGUGUCGACAUGUGGAAGGAAUCAAAUAAUCGGGUGUGCUUCCGUACGGUGGUUGUCGAGACUAGCACUGAAGUUCUUUCGGGUGCUUACGUCGAUUUGAAGAAGGUUGUCUUGAAACCAAACAUGACCGCCGGAAAGAGCCUACAGAGUGAUGCCGUGUUCGCCGGUAUCAAGGAUCGAGUGUCGGAGAACGAAGCUAAGGCUAAGGCCAUCAACGCUGUGUUUCUGUACAAGAUUACGGACGGUGGCAAAGUAUCCAAGGAGUGGGUGCUGGAUUUGAAGAACGCCAAAGUGUACGAAGGACAAGUGCAGGGAAAGGCUGACACCACUAUGACCAUUUCCGACAGUGAUAUGGUUGAUAUGGCACUGGGCAAACUACAACCGCAGGCUGCUUUCAUGAAGGGCAAGCUGAAGAUUACCGGAAACAUUAUGCUGGCUCAAAAGCUGGCCCCGCUGCUGAAGACGGAAGCGAAACUGUAAAACAAUCGUACUGAUGAGCUCGGUUGAGUCGUUACUAUGCUACAUUCUUUAUGUUAUCUAAUGGUGAUAUGAGCGGUUUAUUUCACAUUUUCACAAACUCUAGCAUUAAGCUAUAAAAUAGUAUUUUAGACAUCAAAUCAUUGCGGUUGAUAUUUUUUCUGUAAUCUUGAGAGGAAAAAGGGGCAAUAGUAAAAAAACUUAAGGAAUUCUAAAAA